AUCGCUCUUCCCAGAUGAAAUCUGGGAGCUCAGAGCCUGAGAAGCAGGACCUGACCGAGGCAGGGGCGGUGCAGGAACUCAGGUGGAUGGAGCUGGGCUCUGAGGAGACCCUGGGAACAGCGACGGAGAGGCCGGGUGCGCCACGGGCUUGGAGGCGCCUGCUGCAGGCCGUGUGGAGGGGUCACCUGGGCCUCACAACACAGCUGCUGCGGCAAGGGGCCAGUGUGGAGGAGAGGGACCGCGCCGGUAGGACCCCGCUCCAUCUGGCCGUGCUGCGCGGCCACGUACCCCUGGUGCGGUUCCUGCUACAGCGCGGGGCCCCGGUGGGGGCCGCCGACCGCGCGGGGCGCACGCCCCUGCACGAGGCCGUCUGGCAGGGCCACUCACAGGUGGCGGAGCUGCUGCUGCAGCGCGGGGCCCCCGCGGGGGCGCGCACCGGAGCCGGCCUCACGCCGCUGCACUGGGCAGCCGCGCUGGGUUGCACUCUGUUGGCCGGGCGCCUGCUGGACACGCCGGGCUCCUGCCCCGCGGACGCGGACGUGCGCGGCUGGACGGCGGCGCACUGGGCGGCCGCGGGCGGCCGGCUGCCGGUGCUUCAGCUGCUGGCGGCGAGAGGCGGUGCGGACCUGGACGGCGCCCUGCUCGUGGCGGCCGCGGCAGGGCGUUCGGCGGCGCUGCGUCUCCUCCUGGAGGAGGGCGCGCGGGCGGACGCCCAGGACGGCGCGGGGAACACCGCGCUCGGCGUCGCUGCGGGUUUGGGCCGCAGGCAGGAUAUGGAGGUGCUGCUAGACCACGGGGCAGACCCAAGCCUCAAGGACAGGCAUAGCCGCUCUGCACUCCACAGGGCUGCCGCUGGUGGACACCUGCCUGCUGUCCAGUUACUGGCAGCCUGGGGAGCUGAGGUGGAUACUCAAGACUCACUGGGCCUAACACCCCUGCACCACGCUGCCCGGGGAGGCCACAUGGACGUCGCCAGCCACCUCCUGGACGGGGGUGCACAGGUCAACGCUGCUGGCUGGCUCCACAAGACGCCACUGAACGUCGCCAGGGAGCAUGGCCACGGCCCCACUGUAGAGCUUUUGCUGAGCCGAGGGGCCAGCCCCACCCAGAUAAUGCAGUGGGGUGAGGUGGCCCAGGACCUGGUGUCUGAGGGGGGCCUGCCCCAGGCACUGCCCACCCUUUGGAGUGAGCAGAAGGACUGCUAGGGACACACAGCCCCAGGGCUGAGCCUGCAGGGCCAGAGCAAGACAGAUGGCUCCUGGCGCCCACAGCCUUGGGAGUGUGCCAGGCUCCUCUCUUCUGGGCUGAGGCCACCUGCCUGGGUGGAGGGGGAAACAGCUGAGAGGUUCAUGGAAGAGAAGGGGGCAAGUGGCUUGAGCCCCAGUAAUGGGCCUAUGGCCAGACCUGGGGUGGCCCCAUGGAUUCCCAGGGGCGCCUCAGUCCUGCACUCCAGAGACUGAGUUGUGGCCACUGAUUUGACCAAAACCUUUGUGUGCAAUGGAGGUGUCACCCUCAGCUAUUGUUUCUGCACAUGGCAGUGUUCUGUAUUUUCUUAGAUUCAGUACUUGUCUGUUUGCACCCAUUUGUUACAGGACCAAACCAACAGCCACAGUCAUUCACCUGAAUCCAGAGCCCACACUUGGAGCCUGCUCUCUCUCACACACAGCUGACGUUCCCUACCCUA